AUGGAGACUGUGACGGUUCCCUGGUGUCUAAUGUAUGCUUUUCCCUCUGUCAAGCAGGAGGUUACCAGGGGGCGGUCCGAUCGGUUAGUGAGGUUGGCAGCACCUGGGCCCGGUGUCUCCCAACCUAUAAAUACCCCGCCUUCUCCACCAGUUCGCUCUCUCCUUCCCUCCGGGCGGAUGGCUUUGUCUUUUGUUUUACGCAUCCAACACCCUAACACACAUUACACCCCGUAUUCACUCAUGCAUGCACGCACCUACACAGCUGAUCUACUGAUCCUCACACCCCAUGACUUGUUUGUGUUCACCUCCUAA